AUGCACUCUACAGGGGCCCGCGGGCCGCCCGCCGAGGAGGAGAUGCCCGAGCUGUCCGAUGACGAGGAGGCCUGGGAGGAGGAGGAAGAGGAGGAAGGCGCCGCCGCCGAGGGCCUGCGGACCCGCUGCCUGUUCUGCGCCAGGUUGUUUAGUUCUGCUGAAGAUGUAUUCUCUCACUGCAAAACAGAGCAUCAGUUUAAUGUUUGUGAUGUGAUAAAGAUGCACGGGCUUGAUUUUUAUGGAUACAUUAAACUAAUCAACUUUGUUAGAUUAAAGAAACCAACGACAGCAUAUUUGAGUUCACUCAGCAGCCCACUGCCUUGGGAAGGAGAGGAAUAUUUGAAACCAGAGCUAGAAGAUGAUCUCCUGCUGCAGUUUGAUAUAGAUGAUCUUUGUGAACCUGCAGACGUUUUGCCUUCUAAUGGUUUAAAUGAUACCAUGAUGCUCCUUGAACAGUUAAAACAUGCAGAACACAGAGCAAGACUUGCCGAAGCGGCCUUGGCUAGAGCACAAGAUGAUCUUCAAAAAAUGAAACAAUUUGCACAGGAUUUCGUGAUGAACGCUGAUGUCAGGAGCAGCUCAUCAUCCAGCGCCAUUGCAGACCUUCACGAGGAUGAGGAUGGUGUUUACUUCAGCUCCUAUGGGCAUUAUGGGAUACACGAAGAGAUGCUAAAGGAUAAAGUGCGUACGGAAAGCUAUCGUGACUUCAUCUAUCAAAACCCACAUAUCUUCAAGGACAAGGUGGUUUUGGAUGUUGGCUGUGGAACUGGAAUACUCUCCAUGUUUGCUGCCAAAGCAGGUGCGAAGAAAGUGAUUGGAGUCGACCAGUCUGAAAUCAUCUAUCAGGCUAUGGACAUCAUUAGAUUAAAUAAACUUGAAAAUAUCAUUACAUUAGUCAAAGGAAGAAUCGAAGAAGUGGAUCUGCCUUCGGAAAAAGUGGAUGUCAUUAUAUCUGAAUGGAUGGUAAGGGGCAUGAAUAUCCUUUUCAAGACAGUUAUUAACAGGAAAAAAU